UUCUGUCCGGGGCUGAGGAUGAGUAGGGGAGAUGUGUAUGUGUGUGUGAGGAGGGGGGAUACCUCAGUUUGACAUAUAUCCCAGGAGACACGCGUGUUUUCAUCAUGUAGAGGCAGCCAGAGAGCCGAGCUAAGUCACAUUCAGCUUUAAACUUCCAUCCGGCCUGAAGCUCGCGGUGCCGUGACUGCAAACAGCGGCUUCUCUGCAGAAACAAGCAAAACAAAUCACACGCAGGAACAGAAGAAUGGCAGCUACAUACAUCCUCCUCUUCAGUUUGUGGGUCUCUACAGCCUUCACCACAGGACUGAUCUGCCCUCAGCUCUGCACCUGCUCGGUUAAAUACAGCCGUCUCUUUGCAGAUUGCUCCUACAAGGAGCUAGAUAAAGUCCCAGAGGGUUUUCCUCCCAGUGUUGCGACCAUUAGUCUCUCUGCUAAUAAAAUCAGUGUACUACUUCUGGGGACAUUUGACAAUGUCACCAGGUUGAUUUCCUUGUGGAUGUCACACAAUGAGAUUGUGUCCAUUGAACAGGGGGCGCUUGUGCCUUUGGUUCAUCUGCAAAACUUAGACAUCAGCCACAAUAAAAUAGUAGACUUUCCUUGGGAGGAUCUACAGAACCUCACGGGACUGUAUAUGCUGAAGAUGAAUCACAAUGAGAUGGUCAGCCUGCCAAUGGACGCCUUCUCCAACCUGAAAGAUCUGAAGUCUCUUCGGCUCAACAAUAACAGAUUUGUGACCAUAGCUGAAGGAACAUUUGAAGGUUUGCUGUCUUUGUCACAUUUGCAGAUUUAUAAUAAUCCAUUCGCUUGCACCUGCUCCCUGGAAUGGUUCAGAGUUUGGAUUUCAACAACCACCAUAUCACUCACUGAGCACAGUCCCAUCACUUGUGCAACACCAGAGAAAUUUAAAGGAAUGGAGAUCAGGAAACUGCCUGAGACAAAAUGUACAAGCCCCAAUGUCACAGUAUGGACUGAGCCAGAUAAUGCACAAUUCUAUGAGGGCAGCAAACUGGUCUUGACUUGUGAUUUCAAAGGAAACCCAAAACCACUAGUCCUGUGGAGCAUUCACAGCAAAAGCCGAAAACAGGAGCUGGCUUUGUUGUUUGCUGAGGAGGGCUCUGCAGAAUCCAGCGAGGACUCCUCGGCGUCCUACGAGUCGGAUUCAGUCAAAGUCUUUAAUAACGGCACACUUCUCGUUUCAAACCUCAGGAAGGAAGAUGGGGGCAACUACAGCUGCUCUGCCACAAAUGAGCUUGGAAGAGCGGAGGAUUCAGUUUUAGUUGAGGUGAUGGCGCUGUCUACACCAACACCCACGAAGCAAAUGACCACAGUACCCAGUUACACUAAAACAAACCCUUCUACACGCCAGGAAACAGUCAAAGCAUCUGCUUUUAAUGCCGUGCAGAGAAAAAAAAUUACGAGCAUCAUACCCACUCACCGACCAACUGCAGACAGUGUUUCCGAACCUAAUGAGGAUUUAACAAAAUAUCUAUCUAGCAAAUGUGGCUUGACGGCUAAUACGAGCUAUAUUUCAAGCCCUGUCUCAAACGGGAGCCUAGAUGACAUUAAAUACAUGUUUGACUUUGGUGUGAUUGCAUUAGGAGUGUCAGAAACACAGGCAACAGUGCGACUCAAUCCUCUUCUCAUGGCCAGACAAAAGGGCAACCAGGCAGCUGAUGCCACCUCUGACAACAAAGAGCACCACGGCCUUCCAGACAUCUCAGAAAAAGCCCCUUCAAAUGGCUUGUAUCUGUGCGUCACCGCGGACCUAAAACAUUCUGCCGUGCAAUGGUCGAAGAUCAGGGAUGGCGUCAACUCGUAUCAGUUCAGCGGUUUGCGACCAGGCACCAACUACUCCCUCUGCCUGACCUACAGAGGGGAGGACUGUGAGGUCCACGUGCUGUUCACCACAAGAAGGAAGGUGCCAAACCUUUUCAUCAUCAUCUCAGUCAGCAUCUGCCUCCUGACCGUGUCCACUGUGCCUCUGCUCGGGGCUACGUGCUUCCACCUGGUGUACAAGUACCGCAGCAAGACCUACAAGCUGAUCCUUAAGGCCAAAGACCAGUAUCACAUAGAGAGGAACCUCACCACCAACUUCAACAUCUACGCACCUCACGCCGAGUCUCUGAAGAAGAUUGACAGCAGCCAGCUGGAUGAAGAGGAAGACGAGACGGAGAGCGGAGAUGGGGACAAGGAGGCUGAUACGGAAGAGAGUGUGGUGACUGACUCCUUUACUUUGUCUCAGUGCAGGGGGAAUUUGGACGACUGUGAGGUGGGAUCUGAGUACAGUGACAGGCUGCCUCUGGGAGCUGAAGCAGUGAAUAUUACAACUAAUUACAAAUAUCCCAGUCAGUAACUUGUCAAGUCAAGUCAAGUCAAGUCAACUUUAUUUGUCAAU